UAAUUUUUUAUUUUGAGACAGGGUCUUGCUAAGUUGCUAGGGGCCUUUGUAAAUUGCUGAGGCUGACCUUGAUUUGUAAUCCUCCUGCCUCAGCCUCACAAGCCACUGGAAUUACUGGCUUGGGCUUGUAUUUUACUAGGCUUGCUUUUUUCCCUCCUUUUCUUCCCCACAAAAACCACAUAUAUUUAUGGAUAAAUAUCACUGAUUGCUAGAAGGAGAGGGCUCACUCUUAAUUCAAUUUAUACACACACACACACACACACACAAUUAUUUUUGGAUGUUGAUGGUCCUUUUAUUUUAUUCAUUUAUUUAUAUGUGUUGCUGAGAAUCAAACCCAGUGCCUCACACAGGCUAGGCAAGCACUCUAUCACUGAGCCAUAAAACCAGCCCUCAAUUUCUGUUUUUAAUCUUUAUACAUUACAAGCAUUGGACAAUGUUGUUCAUGCCAAUAAGUGGGUGGGAUUAAAGGGGGCUUUGUCCAAUGGGGGCAGGCAAUUCUUUGAAUUUCCUCUGAGAAUGGUGAAACCUACAUAGUGAUCUGUGCACAAGAGUAACUGUUUCAUGAUUUUACAUUUAUACCCCUGGCCUUCAACAGUUCUGUAAAAAUGACACUUGUUAUGUUAUCAUGUAACAACACAGCAGUUGUAACCAGAUCACCAUUGCUAGCACCUCCUUAAUGGCCUCCCUGCCCACCCUGUCCACAGUACAGCCCCUGCCCCACCCCUUCCCACCAGCCACCCCCUGUCUUGCUAGUUUAUUUCCUGGGAGCCCUUGCCCCCAAAUGCAUCCAUCCGGGGUUUCUUCUCUUGUGGCUGGGCCUGGACUGGGCAGGGAAGGGGUGGGUCAUGCCAAGUUGGAGCCGAUCUUUAUCCAAAAGUUUGAUAUUUUGUUCCUUGUGGAUUCUUUUACAAUAUUGCCCUUAAGUGUUAUUUCUUCUAGGGACUUAGUGUUUUUGGCAUCCCCUGAAGUUUUGUGGCCCAGGCGAGUACCUCACUCCCCUGCCUCAAGUCCUGGCCCUGGGUUCUUGGUUCUCUCUCUCAUCUCCCAUGAGCCCCUCGGGCAGGGUCCAAGGCAUACAGAAAGGGUCAUCACCUUAUUAUAGAUGGAGGCCCACAAGACUAACCAUCCGACCCCUUGGUACUCAUCUCUGCCUUUCCUGCCCUCUGCCAGCUUCUCUGCCAGCCCCUCGCCCUUGGGUGCACUCUGGUCAGAGGUGUGAGGCGUUCCUGCCCAGCCAGCCUCUGUCCCCAUGCCUGCUCCCCUGGCCACUUGAUGGGUGCUCUUCCCCUCUGAGCAAGGCAGGGUGUGACAGGAGCAGAGGUCCCCUGUAUCCCCAACCUGCCUCUGACCCAUGCCUAUGCCUGGAUGCUUAGGAAGGUUCUAAGUUUGCCCCCCUCCUCCUCCUCCUCCUCCUCCUCUUCCCCUCCCAGCCUGAACCUCAAGAGCCCCUGGAUAAUGCUGAUGCUGACGGUAGGAGUGAUCCCAGAAAAUAUGUCCUGAGGGCUGGCUGUGUGCCAGCUGCUGUAUAGAUAGUCUCAAUCAAACCUGACAUUAGUUUCUGACAUCAGUACUAGUAUUGCCCUCAUUUUACUAACAAGGAGACGGAGGCAGCUUGUCCAAACUUAUCCAGCCAAAACAUAGUGGUACCAGGCAGAACUUGCUAUAUCAUUUGUGGGACCCAGUGCAAAAUAAAAAUGAGGGGGUCCCUUAUUUAAAAACAACUAUUAAUUUCAAGACAGCAACAUCAGAGCAUUAAAUGUAGGGCCCCCUGUGACUAUACGGGUUCACGCCCAUGAAACCAGCCCUGGAACCCGAAUUUGAACCCAGAUUCUAACUCCAGACCCCACAGACUCUACACUUGAAGGAAAUAAUCAUAACCAUAAUCAUGCUCUAGGCAGUGUGCAAAACCUUAAGCCCUUUCAGCCGCCCUGUGGGGGGUGGGUAUUAUUACCUCAUUUUUGAAGAACCUAAGCUUUAGAGAAGUUAGGUUACUCUCCAAGCUCCCCCAGGUGUAGUUCUGAACAUGGGACCAAUUCCAGAGCCAAGGUUCUUCUCCCUGUGCCAUGGCAGCCUCUCUAAGGAUCACAAAGGCAGGAACUAAAAUGGAGCUGGGCACAGCUCAGGCAAUUUCUUAGAAACUUUGUCCUCAGGGCUGAUCACUGGGGGUCCAGCUGCCGUGCUUAUGACGGAAAGGUGCCCCAAGUCUGCAGGUACUUCCAUCGGGGCUUCUGCUUCCACCAAGAUCGAUGCAGCUAUCAGCACCUGAGGACCCCCGUGCCCCCAGAAUGGGGCUACCACCAUCCAGAGUCACAUGUCACUCUUCUGGAGCCCCAGCUGGGACUGACCCACAGGGGUUCGGAGCCCACCCACCUGCCCUCCAUUGCUAUGGCCAUAGGCUGGGCCUGGCCUCAUCCCCACUGGGACAUGGAGCCUGAUCUGCGGGAGGUUGGUGGCAGUUCCUGGAAACCUCUGUCUCCAUCACCUGCUGGCGGGCAUCUCAGCCACUCCCAGGAGUCUUGGCCAGAGUCCCACCCUUUCCCGGAGCUGACAGCCCCACUUCGGAGCCUGGACCUUGAUGAGUGGCAGGGAAAGCAGGACAGUCGGGAUGUGGUGUGUGGCAUCUGUAUGGAGAAAGUGUGGGACAAGCCGGAAGCUGAGCGCGUGUUUGGCAUCCUGCCCAACUGUACCCACGCUCACUGCCUGGGCUGCCUCCGUACCUGGCGGAAGAACCGUCGGAACCUUCCGCUGAAUGUCAUCAAGGCCUGUCCCCAGUGCCGAGUUCAUUCCAGCUACAUGAUUCCCCACAAGUUCUGGGUGGGCGAAGGGCCCGAGAAGGAGCAGCUCAUCAGGAAUUUCAAGGCUUGGACCAGCCAGAUCCCCUGCCGGUUCUUCAUGCGGGGGAGAGGCCGCUGCCCCUUCAAAUCUGACUGCAUCUACCUGCACCAGCUUCCAGCUAAGACCCGGGUCUCUGGUCCUCCUUGGCCUAACAGUGUUCAACUGGUCUCUGGGAGUAAGUUCCAGGUACUAGGCCCAGCACUGUUCUUAAGGGGCCACCAAGCCAGAAGAGGAUAUGUUCUUCACAGACUGUGCCCUGGCUCUGACUCUCUGAGCUUCAGAACUCCUGCCAGGUCUCAACAGUUCUCUGUGGCCUGCUGCACCAGGAUCGGCUGGAGGAGAUGGGACGAGGGGAAGGGCUGGUGGUUCUUUCCCCUGUGGGGUUUAGUGGUAGGCAAAAGUAGCCAACCCUUUACCCCUGUGAACUACAGCAGUGACACAACUGGGGGACACAGGAAUGGAGGAUGGCUUCUGGGGUGAGAAAGGAUUCUCGCCUGCUUGCCAGUGUCUUGGCUUUUAAAUUUGCUUUUUUGUAGGAUUUUUAGAAGAAAACUAAUAAAAUGUACCUAAGCUGUCACUGUGCAUCUGAAGAAUGAUCUGCUUAUAGCCCAGCCCCACCCCCAAGGGGAAUAGGGUUACUCUUUCAUUCAAUUUGUUAUACUUUCACCUGUCACAUAGCUUCUGGAAGUCUCUGCUGUACACAUAUAAGAGGAAGCAAAUGAGAAAGGGAAAUAACAUCAUGAAACUGUUAUGACCUUACAAAGCCUUUGAAAGGAUCUCCAGAUCUCCCAGAACCCUUGAACUGUUUUUAGAAUUCCCCCCCCCCCAUUUUCCUUCCAGUUGGCUAGAUGCAGAUCUUGGUGCGGGAGCUGUAGAGUAGGGAGUGAGAUUAUAGUUGAGGCUGGCAGGCGUUCCUGGUUCUUCAUGGCCCGACCCACAUCUUGAUUACCCUAUUUAAAAGUACCUCACCCUGAUUCCCUUCUGUGCUGUCCCUCACCCCUCUAGUACUGGGGAUUGAACCUGUGGUGUUCUACCAGUGAGCUACAUCUCCAGUUCUUUUAUUUUUUUAUUUUGAGAUGGUCUUUCUAAAUUAUUGUGGCUGGCUUUGAACUUGCCCAUCUCCUCCUGUCUCAGCCUCCCAGAGUCACCGGGAUUAUAGGUGCACACCACUGCAUCUGGCUUCUUGAAAGUUCUA